AUGUCGGUGAAUGAUAAAGUUUUUCAAAUUCAUCUCGUAUGCUUACCCCUUAAUAAAGUUGGCGUAGUUUUAGGAAUGAAUUGGAUUUCUUCCAAUUCGGUGUUUAUUGGAUGUGAAGAAAAGGUAAUUAUCAUUGCAUCUAAAGAAGCUACUCCGAAGGAUGUGCUGACUACUAUCUUGGAGGGUAAGGUUGGUAUGGUUAAUUUCUUGUUUGAGAAAGAAAAUCACGUUCUCUUGGUUCUCACCAUGGAAUCAGGUGAAGAUCUAAAAGUUGCGCAAAUUCCUAUAGUUGGUGAAUUUCCAUAUGUUUUCCCCGAGGAUGUCACUUCCCUCCCUCCAGAAAUGGAAGUAGAAUUCUCUAUCGAUCUGAUAUCGGGGACGACCCUAAAAUUCGUCGAUUAG